AUGGUAAAUUUAAGCGGUUUCAAGCUGCGCUUCGGGUCGACUGAUCAGAUGGAGGAAGUCAUGGUAUUCGAACUCUUUGUUGCGCAUGAUCCGCGUGUUUAUGUGAUCGUGAAGAGUCCCGACCAGAGGACAACGAGUGACGUCUCACCCCAAAUUCAGGAGUAUUGCACCGCGCCGCAUUCGUACAUUGAGACCGCAGGGUUCUUGUGGUUGAAUCUCCACAAAAUUCUCCGCCGGUUUGCCAACGUUCGCUCGCCUCGACCAGGACUUGCCUCAUGUGUGAUUAUCACUUGGGCUCAAUUGCUCGGAGAUAUCACUUGCGCGGAAGUGUGGGGGAAUGACUACAGUACCCACUAUACAGACAAAACACAUGAGACACCGCUCAGGGCGGCGUCGGGCAUGAACCAUGUUCGGCUGUCAAUAGUGCCGUACACGUUCAAUUGCCAAACUUUGCCACCCUGUGGAUCUGAGGAUAGCAUCGACCAAAUUGAGAUGGUCCGGAAUCCUAGAGUCGAAGCAAGAGUGAAACGGGCAGGCAAAGCAACGACGAUGGCGCACGCGAGUCGCCCACUAUGGAAUCCUACCUUUGCCAUGCGAGGCCAUGCGAGGCCAUGCGAGGCCAUGGGAAGUGGGCAGCGUGGCAUUCCUUUCGAAUCCUACGCUUUUGCCCCUCAUACAUGCUCCAUAGCUUCAGACACUCCACGGUCCCACCGCGUGUAUCUGGUAUCUCGUGUGGCGUAUCGAAUCAAACCUGUUUUGGGCUGCUUUUGCAGUGUGAUGUUGCGGCUCCGCCGGGAACAGCACGUGAAUCGCUGUGGUGGCGGCCGGUGGUUGCGCCCCGUUCCAGAUGAAGAUAGUACAAGGGAGAGCAUCUCGCGUAUUUCUGAAAGUAGUGGUGGUGUUGUAAAGUCCCACACUUCGGGCCAUACUGCUGCUUCUGGCAAAGCAGUUCCUGGCUCGAUCAAAAGCAAUCUUGGGGAUGCUGUAGGAUGA